UGGAGUAGCCAUUCAAGUGGUGUUCUGUGUCAUGAUUUCCUUGCUGGCUCAGGUGCACUACGACGGAAGAGUGCAGGGGAAAGUUAAAAUAAGUUAUCGCCUUUAAUGAUCUGAAACCUCUACGCAAGUGACUUAAACCAAAUGGAAGUAAAUAAAUCCGACCAGUGCGAUAGUUUGAUAAUUUGGCUACAGAUGUUCAAUGUUCCCUCAGCCUGUAAAAAUGUUUGGGAUUUGACCAGUGGAACUACCAUGGCACAGGUUCUUAACCAAAUAGACCCAUCUUGGUUUAAUGAAUCAUGGUUGAAUCGCAUUAAAAGUGAUGUGGGUGACAAUUCUAGAUUGAAGUUGAAUAAUCUAAAGAAGAUUCUCCAGAUGGUUCUCAGUUAUUAUCAUGAGGAACUCAGCCAACAAAUUGCAGAAUCUCUUCACCCAGAUUUGAGUCUAAUUGUGGACCAUGCAGAUAUAUUGGAACUCGGUAGAUUGCUCCAACUGAUUUUGGGAUGUGCAGUAAACUGCGAGAGGAAGGAGGAACACAUCCAGAAUAUCAUGACGUUGGAAGAGUCUGUGCAGCAUAAUGUAAUGACCGCUAUUCAAGAACUCAUGAGUAAAGAACUGGCAGGACCAUUUGCUGAAGCAUCAGGAGAUUUGGAUGAACAGCUGCAAAAAGCUCUGGAAGACCGCAAUGAGGCCUUGGUACAGAAAAAGGAACUAACACAGCGGUGCCAGGAAUUGGAUAUACAGGUUUCUGCUCUACAAGAUGAAAGGAACAGUUUGUUGACUGAGAAUGAUCUUCUAACAGAAAGAAUGCAACAGAUGGAUCCUGUUGAUGAUCCGCAGAACCUUGCUAGCAAGAAGUACUUCAACAUCCAGCUUCAGUUGGAUCAAAUACAACAAGAUAAUUACAGGCUUGAAGCAGCAAAGGAUGACUAUCGCAUUCAUUGUGUGGAACUAGAGCAACAAUUGAUUGAAGUACAACAUAGAAAUGAUGAACUUAACAGUUUGGCAGAGGAAAACCUUGCUCUUAAAGAUGAAAUUGAUGUUCUGAGGAAUUACUCAGAUAAGGUGAUCAAAUUAGAGGCCUCAGUGGAGACAUACAAAAAGAAACUGGAUGAUCUGAAUGACUUGAGGCGGCAGAUGAAAUUAUUGGAGGACAAAAACAUGAUAUACAUGCAGAAUGUAGUCAGCCUGGAGGAGGAACUCCGGAAAGCGAAUGCAGUCCGUGCUCAGCUGGAGACAUACAAGAGACAGGUUCAGGAGCUCCACAGCUCAUUGUCCGGGGAAACAAGAAGAGCAGACAAAUUGGCUUUUGAGCUGAAACAGAUCGAGGAAAAGCAGGAAACAUUGCUAAAGGAAAAAGAGAGAUUGAUUAUAGAACGCGAUGCUCUUAGAGAAACCAAUGAGGAACUCAAAUGUACACAACUACAGCAAGAUCACUUAUUGCAAUCAGGUAAAUUCUCUCUGGAUUCACAAGAUCAUCUUGCAGCUGAAAUUCUUCCUGUGGAAUACAGGGAGAAGUUCAUUCGACUGCAGCACGAGAACAAGAUGUUACAAUUGCAGCAGGAGGGAUCGGAGAACGAGCGGAUGUCAAUAUUGCAGAAGUUGUUGGACGAAGCAAAUCGGACAAAGAAUGAACUGGAGACGGAAAAUAGACUUGAAAAUCAACGUGUGCAAGAACUGCAACAUCAAGUAGAAGAUCUCCAGAGAUUCUUACAGGAACAAGGCACAAAGACAGAAGAAUCCAGUGAACUAAAGAAAUUGGAUGCACAUCUAGAGAAACUUCAUGAAGCUCAAGAUGAGCUGCAGAAAAAGAAUGAGUUUAUUGAAGAUCUAGAGCAUGACGUACAGCAGAAAUCUCAAAAUAUUGAAGAGUUACAACGUGGCCUGACUAAAAAAGAUGAAGAUAUGCGGGCAAUGGAGGAAAGAUACAAGAUGUACCUUGAGAAAGCUCGUAAUGUGAUUAAAGCUCUAGACCCAAAACAGAACCCAGCUACUGCAGAAAUCCAGGCACUCAAAACUCAAAUCAUUGAGAGAGACAAAAAAAUACAAAUGCUGGAGCGUGAUUGCGAGCAAGCAAAACUUCGUGAGUAUGAAGAGAAUCUGUUGGUAACAGCAUGGUGGAACAAGAGUUUGGCUUUCCAGAAGAUUGGCAUUGAAGCUCGACUUGGAGGCUUUGCCUCAAAUACAAAUCGCUCCUUCCUAGCACAGCAACGACAGGUCUCCAGUUCACAGAAAACACUCGCCGUUGCCGUGCCUACAACAUCUACCAAAUAGAACAACCGAAUACAUUUGUACAGAAGUCUAUUUUUAAAAAACCUGUAUAUUAAAACAGCUGAAAAGGCACAAUUAUGAUUUGUACAGCUAUACAGCAGGGAAACACGCCAUCUAGCUCAACUUGUCCAUGCCGACCAAUUUGCUGCACAGUUAGUGUCUCUGUCUGUGCCUGGCCCAAAUCCCCUCAAACCUUUCCUAACCAUGUACCUGUCCAAGUGUCCUUUAAACGUCAUAAUUGUAUCUGCCUAUACCACUUCCUCUGGCAGCUUUUUCCACUCUGUGUGUGAAAGAAGUUGCCCCUCAAGUCAUUUUUAAAUCUUACCCAUCUUGCCUUAAGACUGUGUCCUCUAAGUUUAGACUUCUCUAAUGUGGCAAGUGGCUAUUCACUUUAUCUCUGCUUCUCAUGAUUUUAUAGACACCUCUAAGGUCAUCCCUUAGCCUCUGGCACUCCAUUGAAAGUUAGAUCAGUUGUAUAACUUAUAAUGUUUCCCCUACUUCCAAGAGAUUUCCUUUCUAUAUAUAUGUCCAAAUGGAAAUUUCACCUUUAAAUUUUAAAGAGCUGCUUUUCUGAUAUAUUUUGUGUAUAGAAGCAGAAUGUUAAGGGCAAAUGGUUAAAAAAAAAAAAGCAACUGUUUGGGGUUGUUGUUUUAAGUUUUAAAUUUAUAUAUAAAAAUAUAUGUAUCCUAUUUUAAAAUAUUAAAGUAGAUGUGCCUUGAAACUAAAUUAUGUAUUCCUUGUAGUAAUGUUACCUGAUUAUUAAGAAGAUUUGUCAUGGCUUUCUAGGUUGGGAAUAUACACACCACAAGCACACAUGCACGGUUGUCAAUUUAAGAAAUGUUGAAAUGUCAUUUGUAAAUUCAAAAUACAUCUGUUCUUUAUAACAAAUCUUCACAUGUAAAUAAAAUAUUUGAUUUAUUUAAUUUAUUAAGGGAAACAAUUGUACAUGAAUGAUUGUACAUUAAUUAUAAAUCCUAAAUUAUUUAAAAUGUCCAGAGGUUUUAUUACUUCAUAUUAUGAAAUCAAUAUUUCUCUGCUUUAAAACUGUAAUUUUACAUUUGCUGUAUUUUAAUUUUUAUGUUGAGUUUUUAUUAAAGUUGAUUAUUGUUAUUCCAUUAACCUAAGUAAACUGCAAUUAAAGUAUUCCAUAAUAUUUGGGUUCAUGUUUUUACCAAUAUAACUGGAAUAGUUGUUGUAAUUUUCUUUGGUGCAUUUGGGGUAUUAACUGAUGUGGUUGUAUUGCAUAUAUCCCAGGUAUAGUACAGAUAUUAUUUAAACAUUAUGAAAU